AUGUUGUGCAGCCGCGGCGACCCAGCGGCGCGAGCGGAUGAACAUGGCGGCAGUGGUGGUGGCGCACGUCCCCGUCUUCCCGGCGCCGGGGGUGGUGUCGUGGCCACGGCGGCAGCGUCGGCGGCGGGGGCGUUCUUAGAGGUGCCGCCGGCGACGCCGUGCGCAGUGGCCAUCGUGUCGGUGGCGCCGUGCCUGGCGCACGUCGCGGUGGUGGCGCCGCCCGUGCGGCCCGUGCCCGCGCCCACGGAGGCCCGCUGCGCGGCCUUCCUCCGCGGUGUCUCCCCCAGCGGCGGCGGCGGGGAGGGGUGCUUCUGCCACCUGCUCCGCAACUCGCUCCUCGGCUUCCCCGUCAACACCGCGAGGCUCGGUGCGCUCCUCCCCACCUGCGCCAUCGCCAACGCCAACGCCUCCGCGGACUCCAUUGUCGAGGCCGCCACGCUCUUCGCCGACACCUACCGAGGUCAUUACCGAGGUUGCGGCGCGAGUGGACUGGGGCAGGAGGGAGGGGAGGAGCAGGUCGGAGAGUGGCGGGGCCGGCGCCGGAGCCGGACCCGAUGCGGAGGCGCGACGAUGUCGCCGCUGCCGAUGUCGCUACUCCUCAGUUAG